CUCACGAAAGAUGAGAAAAAGACGAUAGCUUGUUGUCAUAUGCUGGUCGUUUACGUUCUUUUGCGAUGGUUAAAGCAUAAGUCCUUGCGCUCACAUAACACAUUACUUCCAUCACUUUUUGCGUUCAUACCAAAUCUAUUAUGGUAUUAUAUACCAGCAUUAUUACUAGAGGAAUUUAUUUAUUUUGCCCUUUUAAGGCACUUUUUACAUAUUCGGAAUUCUAUAUGUUUCACUAUACGGGGACGUCCCUCGCCUGAAGGUACAGCGGACGAAGAUUGCUGUGUCUGCUAUGGUGUAGGUGUGGGUACUGGGGCAACGACAUUUUAUCCAGAUCAAGACGAGGAAGAGGAUGAUGAUUUAGGAAUUCUUGAGAAUUAUUGCGUUAUUCCUCAUCACGUGGCACACCGCCCAUGUAUGUUCCGAUGGUACACAAUGGGGAUGUCGGAAUUAACACGAACUCUUGCUUGGCAGAAUUUAAAUUUAAGGCUGUCACAGUACAGAUUGAUAAAUCCUACACCGACAUGUCCGAGUUGUCGUGGGAAAUUAAUUGUGGAAAUCUUGCAAGAAGGUUUAUUGGAGAAAGAGGAUACAAUGAAAGCUGGAUUGGGAAAAACAAAUAAAUGGUUGGGUAAACUCGAGAGGUUAAUCAGAGAGUGGCGCACUAUAAUGAGUUGGAAAUGGGUAAUAGCGAGAGGUGAGAUCACAAUUAUUUACAUCUUGAUAAUUUGGAGGGUAUUAAAAUGGAGAGAAAAAAUAAUGACAAUUCUUCCACGUCUCUAA